CCCCGGAAGUGGGUCGGGGGCUUGGCCUCUGCCCGGCCUCGGAGCCGGAGCGGGAGGUGUUACAGGAGGAGGAGCCGAGCAGAACUAACCGGUCCCGCGGCGGACCCCGGGCAGGGCCCGGGUCAGGGGUUCAGGAUGCUGAACGUCCCUUCCCAGUCUUUCCCGGGCCUCAGCUCGCAGCAGCGCGUCGCCUCCGGGGGGCGUAGCAAGGUCCCUCUGAAGCAGGGCAGAAGUCUCAUGGAUUGGAUUCGACUGACCAAAAGUGGAAAAGACCUAACGGGAUUAAAAGGCAGAUUAAUUGAAGUAACUGAAGAAGAACUUAAAAAACACAAUAAAAAAGAUGAUUGUUGGAUAUGCAUAAGAGGGUUUGUUUAUAAUGUCAGCCCGUAUAUGGAGUAUCAUCCUGGUGGCGAAGAUGAACUUAUGAGAGCAGCAGGAUCCGAUGGCACUGACCUUUUUGAUCAGGUUCAUCGUUGGGUCAACUAUGAAUCCAUGCUGAAAGGAUGCCUGGUUGGCAGGAUGGCAGUUAAACCCGCUCUUCCUAAAGGGGAUCCUUCUGUGGUUCCAUUCACCAGAGACUAUCGUGAGGAAAAGAAAAUCUUGAAUGGCAUGCUUCCCAGGAGCCAAGUGACAGAUACACUUGCCAAAGAAGGUCCUAGUUCUCCGAGCUAUGACUGGUUCCAGACAGACUCUUUAGUCACCAUUGUCAUAUAUACUAAACAGAAGGAUAUCAGUUUAGACUCAGUAAUAGUUGACCUUCGGGAUGAUUCCUUGAGAGCAGAAACAUUUAUCAAGGACUAUUCCUAUCUGAUACAUACUGGCCUAAGCCAUGAGAUUCAGGAAGAUUUUUCUGUGCGGGUUGUUGAGAAUGUGGGAAAAAUAGAGAUUGUCGUAAAGAAAAAAGAAAAUGCUUCUUGGAAAUGCCUUGGUCAUCCCCUGGAGGAUCAUAACUCAUUUAUUCCAAAGAAAGAUACAGGUUUGUACUACAGAAAGUGCCAGUUAAUUUCCAAGGAAGAUGUGACUCAUGAUACGAAGCUUUUCUGCUUGAUGCUGCCACCAAGCACUCAUCUUCAGGUGCCGAUUGGGCAACAUGUUUACCUCAAGCUAACUAUUGCAGGUACUAAAAUUGUGAAGCCAUAUACACCUGUAUCUGAUUCCUUACUCUUAGAGUUCAAGGAACCAGUUCUUCCCAACAAUAAAUACAUCUACUUUUUGAUCAAAAUUUAUCCUGCUGGACUCUUCACACCAGAGCUUGAUCAUCUUCAGAUCGGAGAUUAUGUCUCCAUAAGCAAUCCUGAGGGCAAUUUUAAAAUAACCCAGUUGGAAGAAUUGGAAGAUCUCUUUUUAUUGGCAGCUGGAACAGGCUUCACACCAAUGGUUAAAGUGCUGAAUUAUGCUUUGACUAAUAUACCCAGUCUCAGGAAAGUGAAGCUGAUGUUCUUCAAUAAAACAGAGGAUGAUAUAAUUUGGAGAAGCCAGUUGGAGAAACUAGCAUUUAAGGAUGAAAGGUUUGACGUUGAAUUUGUCCUCUCAGCACCUACUUCUGAAUGGAAUGGCAAACAGGGACACAUUUCACCAGGUCUGCUUUCUGAAUUUUUGAAAAGAAGUUUAGACAGAUCCAGAGUCCUCGUCUGCAUCUGUGGACCAGUGCCGUUUACAGAGCAAGGAGUAAAGUUGCUGCAUGAUCUGAACUUUUCCAAAGACGAGAUCCAUAGUUUUACAGCAUAAUAAAGAGCUGUCAUUCAACUGUUUUAUCUAAAUUUGUGAUUACUUAGGGUUUUUUAAGAAACAUUUUUGUAUAUACUGAAAGGUUAACUAGAAUCCAGGUUUCAGUUUCUUAAAUGAAAUCAAAUGUUCCUUCACUAUAGAUAACCUGUUGACUUUAUUUUGUACCAUAACUUAUUUUACUACUGAUAUUUGUCCUGGAAAAUCAAUCAUGGCAACAAGUACAUGAGGGAUUUUGUUUUGAAUCACAAAGUUCCUUACCAUUUAAACUGUAUCACUGUUUUACAAUAAGCUCUUGUGUUUUAUGACAUGAUAAAGUAAUGAUCAUUUUGAUCACGUUUCUAUGCUGUAAAAUGUCUUAUUAGCAAUACAGAUUAAAUUUUACAUUGCACUGUUAACUCAGGAAGUGAUCGUUUAUGUCCUUGUUAUUGCUAUAGAAACAUGGAAUGUUAUAACUUAUUAAGUGAUCCAAACAUUUUGUGUGUAUAUGGCCUUGACACAGAGUAGAAUAAAAAAAUACUUAAGUACUUUUUAA